AUGAAAACGUUUGCAUUAUUAUUCAUAAGUAUUGUUAUAUUUGUUAGUAAUAAUGUUUAUUCAUUACCACCGAUCAAUUUUACGGAUACUGUUUUAACAAAUCGAAUGAUUGAAGCAUUGAGUGAAGCUCUUACAUCUCAAAAUGAACAACAAUUAGCACCAUUUCAACAAAUUCGACAACAUUUACAGCAAACAUAUCAGCAACAACAACAACAACAACAGAUUUCAGAUCAACAGCAACAAUACUAUCAGCAACAGUUAUUAAAUCAACAACAACAACAACAACAACAACAACAGCAGCAGCAGCAGCAACAAUAUCUCGAUCAGCAACAACAAAUUUAUCAACAACAGCUUUUAGAGCAGCAAUCAGUGAAUCAACAGCAACUUCAAGAACAUCCACAACAACAACAACAACAACAACCAGUUCAAACAAGUUAUGUUCCUGAGCCACAACUAGUUCAAGCAAAUUAUCUUCCCGUGCAACAACCAGCUCAACCAAGUUAUGUUCCUGAACAGCAACCAGGUCAACCAAGUUACUUGCCAGAACAACCACAACAACCUGCUAAUAAUGAUCCUCGAGGAUAUUAUUAUCCAUAUCCAUAUCAAAAUGUUAAUUGGUACAAUUUCCCUAAUUUAUGGCCUUCAGUUGCCGGUGGUCAACUUGAGACUGUAGCAGCGCCCGUUGCAAGUGUUAACGCUCCAUUGGCUGGUGUUGGUGCGGCUAAUGGAUGUCCGACAGGUCUUUGUCCAAAAGGUGCUACUUGUUCACAAUUAUCAGGUCAAUGGCAAUGUGGAUGUAAUACAAAUGAUUGUAGUGGAAUUCAAAAUCCAUGUGGUAUUUAUGGUCAAUAUUAUUUUCCUUAUUAUCCUGAUGCAACACGAUUUAUUCAAUGUGAUCAAACUGGCGUAUUUUGGAUUCGUAGAUGUGCUCCUGGUACUAUUUUCGAUCCAAAAAUAAGUGUUUGUAAUUAUCCACCUGUUGUUGUCGAAGCUGGAAGAAAAUAG